AUGGGUAACGGUCAAAGUGUCUCUCUCCGCGACUGUCUCGAUGCCGUCUGUGCGAACCGCAGCUCCUGCGUCACGUACCCGAGUGAUCCGCUCUUCAAUGUCAUUGAAGUUUCUGAGACUGUCAAGUGCGCCAAACAGAGUGGUCUCAAAGUGCAGGCAAAGUCUGGAGGUCAUUCCUAUGGCAACUACGGUCUUGGCGGUGACAACGGCGCCGUGUCCAUCGACCUAGUCAACCUCAAAGACUUUGAGAUGGACAACGAAACUUGGUACGCAUCAUUUGGGGCAGGCACCAACCUUGGCGAAUUGGACAAGAAUCUUCAUACAUUCGGAAGACGAGCCAUUGCCCAUGGAACUUGUCCUAGCGUUGGCACCGGUGGCCAUUUGACAGUAGGCGGCCUUGGGCCGAUAUCUCGAAUGUGGGGAAGUGCCCUCGAUCACAUCGUGGAAAUGGAGGUCGUGACAGCAGAUGGCACGAUCUAUCUUGCCAGUCAAGACAGAACACCCGAUCUCUUUUGGGCGAUGCGUGGUGCGGGAGCAAGCUUCGGUAUCGUGACCAGAUUCGUGGUCAAGACUCGCCCAGAGCCCGGCAACGUUGUCCAAUACAGCUACAGCCUUACUCUUAACUCGCAAAACGAAACGGCCGACUUAUACAAGGAAUGGCAGGCAUUGGUUGGGGAUCCAACUAUGGACCGACGUUUCGCAAGUCUCUUCAUCGUUCAACCUCUAGGGGCCCUCAUCACAGGAACUUUCUUCGGUUCAGAGGCUGAAUAUCAGGCAUCAGGAAUCCCUGCUCGACUCCCUGGUGCCAGCAAGGGUGCAGUGUGGCUUGCAAACUGGAUGGGUCAUUUGCUUCAUGAGGCUGAAGCUGCUGGUUGCACCUUGGGCAGCAUUCCCACGGCAUUCUACUCAAAGUCAUUGUCGCUCAAUGAACAAGACCUUCUGAAUGACACGGCAAUCACGGACUUGUUUCAAUACCUUGAGGAUUCCCGCAGCAAAUCGACACCAUUCACAAUCAUCUUCAAUACCGAAGGCGGCGCCAUGAUGGAUACACCUGUCAAUGCAACAGCAUACCCACACCGGGAAAGUGUCAUCAUGUAUCAAUCCUACGGCAUCGGAGUGGGCAAAGUAUCGGCAGCGACUCGGAAGCUCUUGGACGGGAUUCACGAGCGGAUCAAACGGUCGGCUCCGGGCGCGCGCUCCACUUACGCCGGAUACGUCGAUGCAUGGCUCGACCGAAAGGCGGCGCAGGAGCUCUACUGGGCGGACAACCUUCCGCGGCUUCAGGAUAUAAAGAAGAAGUGGGAUCCGGACCAGGUGUUCAGAAAUCCGCAGAGCGUUGAGCCGGCUGACUAG